AUGUACCUCAGUGGCUGGCAAGCAGACGCCGGCUGUGUCCACCGCCUGCCCGCCUUGCCCGCCUCCAGCACACAGCACACAGCACACAGCACUGCCUUGCUUGGCCCAGCAAAACCCGCCCGUCAAGUCUGUCCUCGCUCUCUCCAUCCUCCGCGCUCCAGCGUAAACGGGUCCCCCCAAGGCCUCGCUCGCUCCCUCCAUUCGUCCAUUAUUCAGUCCUACUUGCCGCUUCUCCCGCUCAACAUUCUCCCUCCCAUCGUCAACGUCAACCGCCGUUGCAUCUCGACACCGUCAACCGCGCUGCAACCCUUCCCUUCGCCCCAGACACUUGGUACAUUCCGCGGACACGCACCGCCGCCGCCCACGUCCCGCCCGGUCAUGACAUCGGCUGGUGGCCCUGGCGCCGGCAGCCCUCUGAUCGCGGGAGCCCUCACGUCCAGCGGCGAAUUUCACGAUUUCUCCGACGAUGAUCUCGGAGCCUCCAACCUCUUCGACUUUUCCAACAGCCCUGAUACCCUCCAGAGCCUCGGCGUCAUAAGCACCUCCAAGGACCAGGACGCCUUCCUCAACCCCCAGCAGCUGGCUGUCGGUCCCUUCCCCGACUCGCCCAACGGCUCCUCCCAAGACUCUUCGUCAGAGUCCGCCGAGACCUCCAAGCCCUCCACCGCAUCCACAUCCACAUCCGCAAAGACGCCUGCUACUUCGGUCACCGAUGCCCCCAUGGACGACGACGGCUCGCACAUGAACAUGGACUGGGGGAAUACCCAUCUUCCCCAUUUCGAUGAGGAUGACAAUCCCUUCAAUUUUGGCGCCACCACUGGCCAGACUGAUGUCAACGGCUUCUAUGGCUUCCCCGAACAAGAUGACAGCUUCAUGGACCAGUCUUUUGAUUUUGAGAGCGCAUCCAGCAGCCCCGACGCUCUUCCCACAGGCCCUGUAACAAUGGCUUCGCCCGGCAUGCCGACCAUCAAGUCGACAAGCCCUAAUAAGAAUAAUAACAUGCCCGCAAAGUCCAAACCUCAACUUCACAAGAAGAAGGCUUCGAUCCACUCUGUCGCGUCGUCACAAAACGGCAUCAAACGAUCGCUUUCUCGAGAAGUAUCGCCCAUGUCAACCUUGGUCGCUAGUCACAACUCCUCUCCCGCCACAGCCUUUCUGAACUCGCCAUCGGCCAUUGUCAAGGCUGAGUACUUCCACGCGAGGGGCCAGGAUGGUGUGUGGCCUAACAAGCCUACUGUACAGGCUGCCGCGGACGGUGUGCCGUCCCCGGCUUCCUUUGUGCCCCAUAACCAUAACAUGGCUCAAGCUAGACAAAUGGCUCAGCAAAUGGCCAUCUUCAACCCAGCCCCAUUUAACUUUACUGGCUACGAGCUUCGCAUUCUGCCAACACCGAUGAAAUCUCGAGUUGAGACGCAGAUUCCGAUCAAGAUGACGCUCUCCCCUCUUCCUCCUGGUGUAACCAAGCUUCACCUUCCUGCGCAUACGAUAUCCAAGCCAAAGCUUCUGGCAAAGCCGACACCGGAGCCGUCUCCCGAUACUCUCGUGCUGCACGUUAGUUUAGUAUGCACCAGCGCAAUGGAACAACCCGAAUGGAAGAAGAAAGCUCUCGAGAGAGCCAGGACGCAACCCCAGGGCAGCUUGCCUGAUCUGGAUGAUGAAGAAAACUCGCCCCAAAACGGCGGCGAGGUUCGUAUAUGUGCCGGCUGCAUUACACGAGAAAGAAAGCGAGCGGCCAGGAAAAAGAUCAAGAAGCCUGAUGAGGAAAAGGUGUGGGGUCAGGAUGAAGAACGCCGUGUCAUUGUCUUUAAUACCCAAGAGGUCAAGGAAUGGCAGCCCAUCAGCGGCAUGCUUGAUUCCAACGGACGGCCGGAACCCGUUGUGUCAAAUCGCACCAUGCAGAUUGAUGCACCUAUGCGCAUCGCCUGUUACUGCCGUCAUCAUGGCGAGAAGAUGGGCUUCAACGUCAUCUUCACCAUCAAGGAUCACCAGGACCGUGUCAUUGCUCAAGCCAUGUCCAACCCAGUCAUGAUCACUGACGACCACAAGACGCAUCCCAUGGCUCAACUUACCUCGCAAGUUCCCAUGUCUGACACUGUCAGCUCGUCAUCAAUCCCAAUCGCCUCCGCACCCAUCACCGAUGCCAAUGGCAUGAUUGUCUCCAUCCCCAACGGCAACUUUAGAAUGUCGCAGGCAGGAAGCGACGUGUCAUCUAUGCAAAAUGGCUACACGAGCUCCAACUCGGGCAAAACUACGCCAACUAUGAGUACAGUAACUGUACCGGCCCGCCCACACUCGAGACCUGGCUCCCCUACACAAGGGCACCCGCUACCAAAGAGAAGGAAAGCCAGUAACUCCCGAGUACCCAAUGGGUUGGAGAUGACCCGUCUCGACACCUCACCACAGCCUCCACACUCUGUUGCUAGCCAACGAUCAACCGUCACCUCACCAUUCAGUCCGCCCUCUGCUUUCCAACAAGCUGAACAUCUCUUUGGUAUACCGAAUGGCCAACUGCCAUUUACCAAUGGCCCUCCUACCCCCAACAGCAACAACGAUCAGGCCUCCUUCUUUGCCAAUAACCGCUCCGCUAGCAUGGACAAUCUUGCCAUGGCCAACAUGUACUCGGCUCCCACAUCUAGCCACGCAAGCCGUGCCCCCAGUCCCAACAGCCUCCAAGCCAGCGUUCAGCAGAACCAAUUCACUGCGCUCGCUAACGGUCUUUAUGCUCCUCUUAGCGCUCCUCGUGUCACACCGGUUAUUCACAAAAUUAUCCCCAAUGAAGGUCCCAAGAUUGGCGGUAUUGAAGUCACCGUCCUGGGAGCUGCUUUCUUCCAGGGUCUAGAGGUUUGGUUUGGCGAUCAACGAGCUACUACCACCACCUUCUGGGGCGAAUCAUCUCUUGUUUGCUUGCUACCUCCCUCACCUGUCUCCGGAACCGUCCCGGUAACCUUUAAGCUGCAAGGUGUUCUACCUCAAAACUUCCCCAUGGCUAAGCAGCCACCAACAUUUAAAUAUGUCGACGACAACGAAGACAAGCUCAUCAGAACAGCUCUCUCUGUUCUGGGACAGAAGAUGUCGGGCCAGAUGGUGGAUGUGAGUGACCUGGCACGAAGAAUUCUCAACGAUGGCAGCAGCUCUGGUGGCUGGACUGGUGGUCCUUCGGGCAGCGGCCCCCAGUUCAAUCACGCCUCCCACGAACACCUCGAGUCGCAGUUGCUCAAGGUCUUGGAUCUGAUUGACCUUGAUGACAGCGCGCACAGGACUAAGCUCGAUUUGAGAAGAUCUACCGGGCACACUAUGCUUCAUCUUGCUUGUUCCCUUGGCUACCAUCGUUUUGUUGCUGCUCUGCUAGCCCGCGGUGCCAACCCCGAUGCUCGCGACAGGGGAGGGUUCACCGCUUUACACAUGGCCUCCCUCCAGAGCCAUUCGGAAAUCGCCCGCCGACUGAUCAUUGGCGGUGCCGAUCCGACGAUCCGCAGCUUGUCUGGUCUCACUGCUACUGAUGUUGCACAGUCUCGCGCCGUUGUUCGUGCUAUCCGUCACUCGGAGCGCCACGCUCGCUCUCGAAGCAGCGGCGGAACCAUCCACAGCCGUACCAGCAGUUCCACGUCUGUCAGAUCGCUCUGGGAGCCUCUUACAAGAGCGAAUACCCACGAUGGACCCAUUUCUAUUGCCUCGGGUGAAGAGAGCCCCGAAUAUACUUCAGGCGACUUCGAAGAUGAAGACCCCGACGAGGACAGCUACCUCACCAUGAGACGCGCUAGCGAAAUCAAUGCUGACAAGGGUCGCUCAGAGGCUGGUGACGCUGAGCUGGUCGAUGCCUCGGCUCCCACAGCCAUAGCCGCCGCAUUGAAGGAGCAGUUCCAACAGCAACUCCAGCAGCUUCAGCAGACGAUGGCUAUGCAUUUCCAGAAUCUGGCCCAUAUUCCACAGCUCCCACAGAUGCCCGGCAUGCCUGUACUACCAGACUACCAGGGUUACCUCCAGCGCAUGCAGCAGUAUGUACCCGGCAUGUCGGGCCCAAGGCCUGACUCUACUGGCGAGAACUCGCCAAAGGUGGACGGCAGAUGGUGGGAUCUGUCAUCGUACAUGGGAGGUGCUGCGGCAGCGACCGCCCUACCUCCAGCAUACGAAGACAUUUUCCCCUCGAAAGAUGUUGAGGAGAAGCAGCGCUCUGCUGCGGAGGCUGCUUGCGAAGCCGAGGCCGACAUGAAGUGUUCCGCCUUGUAUGACCAGCCCAAGACGAGGCUGAAGAAGAGAUCCACCAGAGCCAAGGCUGCAAUCGCUAGCGUGGUUGCUGAGAGCUCUGAAACGGAAAUUCCUAGUGUCCUCAAGAUUGGACGCAAGAAUGCCAUUACCAAAGAACAGCAAGACCAAUUCCUGCGGGCCAGGGAGCAGAAGCUGAAGAAACUCAGCAGCGAUCGCAAGCUCUUCUUCGUCUGGAUUCCCUUGCUGCUAGUCAUGAUUUGCGCGAUGCUUUACAGUUACUUUCCAAAGCUGUUCCCGUUCCUGUUUGGGUCGGUAAAGGCUGUGAUACAGGUGGGACACGCCCGCGCCAAUCGCUACUUGCAGAACAGACAAGAGCGCGUCUUGCCGGCGUAA